AUGGUGAAAGUUUACUCUUACGCAGAUUCCCAGGACGUUGCCAAUUCUGUGGCACAGUAUGUCAUUGAGCAUCAGAAUGCCGCUCUUUCCAAGGGUGACAAGUUUAAGAUCGCAAUCAGCGGUGGAUCCCUGGGCAAAGUUUUGAACAAGGGCCUCAUUGCUAAUUCCGAGAACUACGCCAAGAUUCAGUGGUCCAAAUGGGAGGUCUAUUUCAGUGAUGAGAGGUUAGUUCCAUUGGACCACGAGGAUUCCAACUAUGGACUUUUCAACGAGAUGGUGUUGAAAAGUCUGAGUGAAAAGAAACAGCAACUGCCAAAGGUGUUCACCAUUAAGGAAUCUCUUCUUUCUGACGACGGAUCGACUGAUUCCGAGAUAGCCAAGGAUUACGAGUCGAUCCUACCAGAAUCUUUGGAUGUGAUUCUGCUCGGAUGUGGUCCAGAUGGUCACACCUGCUCUCUUUUCCCCGGACACAAGCUAUUGUCGGAGAGAUCUGUCAGAAUCGCACAUCUCAACGAUUCGCCAAAACCUCCACCAAGACGUAUCACCUUCACAUUCCCAGUUUUGUUCAACAGCGGUAACAUUGCGUUUGUGGCAGAAGGUGCCGGAAAAGCUGCCAUUCUCUCCAAGAUUUUUGACACCAAGAAAUCGGGCCUGCCUUGCGAGUUGGUUAACGAAGGCAGUGUCCCUGUUGCAUGGUUUGUCAACGAUGCAGCAAUUGAGGGUGUCCCUGUCACGGCCUCGAAAUACUAG